UGGCGGCUAGGGUGCUGUUCCUCCAGUCUCUUACCAGUGUCUUUGUCCACACUCUUUUGUUAGCCAUGCCUAGCUUGCUGGUUCUAGCAGGGAUAAUGGAGAAAAAUGGGGGCUACGGCGGGGAUUUGGCCGGCUCCGGCUUCGGCAGCGAAGGUCUCCUGGUGCCAACCGAGGAAGAGGAGGACGAUUCCCGUGCCCUUAGAGUUGCGCUGGGCCAACUGUCGCUGCUGGGUCUUGGAGAGGGCGAGGACCGGGCUCCUGCGGGUGGAGGUGGUGGUGGAGUUCCAGACAGGAGUAACGAUAACCACCACAAUCACAUCCCAGCCGAUUCAGGGAUGUUACAAGGGAAGAACAAGUUGUGCGCCCUGUACGAGAGCUCGCCCACCGAAACCAAAGGACGGGGCUGCAACAUAACGGAGUGCGUCCCCGUGCCAAGCUCCGAACAUGUGGCCGAAAUAGUGGGGAGGCAAGGUUGCAAAAUCAAAGCUUUGCGUGCAAAGACAAACACCUACAUCAAGACCCCCGUCCGAGGCGAAGAACCAGUCUUCCUCAUCACUGGCCGCAAAGAAGACGUGGCCCUGGCCAGACGUGAAAUCAUCUCAGCUGCGGAGCACUUCUCCAUGCUGCGGGCCUCCAGGAACAAGCUGGGAGUCUCUUUCAGCGGCUCACCUCCUGCGCCGCUACCUGGCCAGACCACCAUACAGGUGCGGGUGCCCUACCGUGUCGUGGGUUUGGUGGUCGGACCGAAAGGCUCAACUAUAAAACGCAUUCAGCAGCAAACGUGCACUUACAUCGUGACUCCGAGCCGCGAUCGUGAUCCCGUCUUUGAGAUCACCGGCUCCCCCGGGAACGCUGAACGAGCAAAGGAAGAAAUCGAGGCGCACAUCGCCUUCCGCACGGGUGGCCUGCAUGACCACAACAAUGAGAAUGACUGCUUGGGACCUGACAGCGGCAACGGGGGUCUGGAGAGCCGCCUGCAGCAGGUGUGGGGGCUACAGGGGGCCCCGCGCAAGCCACUUGCCAGCAGCUACCGCCAGAAUUUCUCAGACGCCAUGGUCGGAAGCAGUGGAGGAGGAGGAGGUGGGAUGUACAGUAAAGGUGACUUUACCAACCAUGGCAGUGGGGACAAGCCAUGCUCCUACUUCGGAUCUGACGGCACUCAAAGCUGGGGUGAUCCUGACUAUCCCAAACAGGUGGCUUACUACACCCAGCAGCGUUCCAAAAGCUUUGGAGGCCUGCCUCUUCCUCUGACCAGACUGUCGCCUGGACUGCCUGAACCGUGUGGCACUGGAAACUCAAACGCCGUGGGGUCUCCUCACGCCCAGGCACGCCGCGCCCACAGCGAGCCCACCGCCGUCACCACCGCAUUCACCGGACGUCUCCCCGUGCCGGAUUCUCCGCCUGCCGUGGCUCGAGAGUGCAUGACCUGUUUUGAGAGCAAAGUGACCGCUGCUCUGGUCCCUUGUGGUCAUAACCUCUUCUGCAUGGAGUGCGCCAUCCGAAUUUGUGAGCUAAACCAUCCGGAGUGUCCUGUCUGCCACACCCUGGUCACACAGGCCAUCCGGAUAUUCUCUUAAAAAGUCAACUUUUUUUUUUUUUGCACUUUUUUUUUUUUGUGGUUCGUUUUUACUCUGCAGAAUCAGUUCACUUUUAACCUUUUUUUAUUUUUUUUUGGUCAGUAUUCACUUUUUUUAUUUAUCAGAAAAAACAAAACCAAAACAAGCAGAUAUUUUAGAACACACUGCUUGGUUUACUAAAAAAAAAAAAAAAAAAAGAGGAAGAAGUAUUUUCAGAUUUUUCUUUUAUAUGUACACAUAUAUACAUAUAUAUUUUAUAAAAGUUUUUUUUUUAAAAAUGGAAAGAACGUAGUUCUUAGCAUGUUGGUUUGUUUUGCUUUAUUUUAUUUUAUUUUUUACUGGUGCUGUUUUUUUUCCACAUGCUGUGUGUGGACAGUAACAGAAGAAAAAAUGUGAACAUUUUACACUUUUCCUUUGCUGGGGAGGUAUAUUAUUAUAUGAAAAAAAAUAUAAUUACGAGUUUAUUUCCUAAGAUUGGAGUAUAGUUUUACAUCCCAGCAUCUGGAAAUGAGCGAGUAUUCUUUUUUUAAGGCAAACUAGAAUCUUAAAUCUUUGCACCUUAAAACUGAUGUAAAGUGAUUGUCGAAAAGAAAAUUACAUUUCUACAUGUCUAUGUGAAAUAGAUGGUAUAGAAAUAGGGACUGAUAUAUAUGACCUGAUGGCUUUAAAUUCGGAUCAUGUUCUAAAUGACACAAUUACCGAUGUAGUAUCUGCUUUGCAAAUCAAUAUUCGAACGGGUAAUUGACGUGUAAAACAGGGAGUUUCUUUUUUUGUUUUGUUUCUGCACCAGUGAGCCUAUUAUGUGAUGUAUCUACAACGGUCUUAUUAAGUACAAUGCUGAAAAAAAAAAAGAAAAAACUAUUUGAGCAAACUGAUUGGUCAGCUCAAAAAACCUUGGAACUCGUCCAGCGUUCUGUUUUCAAGAGGAUUUCCCGGGUUUUUUCAGUAACGUUUUUAUUCUCUUUUCUGCACUCAGUCAGUAUGUUAGGAUUUUUUCUUUUCCACAUUAUUUAGUAAAACGCUGAGCAUAAGGCAUAAGAUGAAGUACAAAAAAAAAAAAAAAAGGCAGAGGGGGCGAUUGAGGGGAGGGGGUCUGUAAUCUGAUCCUGAAUAGACCAAAUAGACAAAAGCAAGUAAGACUCCGAGCUACAGUACAAUGUAAAUCACCCAUUCCCGAGGUGCAAAGCGUCCUCUGACUGUCCGUCUGUACUGAGGCAGGUGUUGCAUAUCGUACUUUAGAUUAAGUUUUUUUAUUUUCUGAGGGUCGGGCUUGUUGGGGGGGGGGGGCUGUGCUCUAAUUCUACGAACCGCUCAUUCGCUGUAAUGACUACAGAGCUCCUCCCUGUGAGUAUAUUGUUUUGUCGCAGUGGUGGUACAAUCCCCGGAGCGCCCCGACAUGGCCUGCCCUAGGAGGAGCUGAUAAUUAGCCAUACAUCAGAGUCCAGGUGCAAAGCAACUGCUGUAGGAAGGAG